UGACGUGACGUGACGUGACCCGAGCCUGGAGCUGAGCCCAACAGAGCGCGAGCCCUCCCCGCCCACCCGCGCCCACGCUCUCUCCAGAUCCGCGCACAUAACGAUCUUUGGAAUUGAACUGAACUUUGAAAUCUGUCUUCAAAUAAAAUGGCACCAGCAAUUGGAGGUCCAAUGGGGUAUACCCCACCAGAAGGUGGCUGGGGAUGGGUCGUAGUUGUUGGAGCUUUCAUCUCUAUUGGCUUCUCUUAUGCAUUUGCCAAAUCAAUUACUGUAUUCUUCAAAGAGAUUGAAAUCAUUUUCAAUGCUACUUCCAGUGAAGUCUCAUGGAUAUCUUCCAUCAUGUUGGCUGUCACAUAUGGAGGAGGUCCCAUUAGCAGUAUCCUGGUGAACAAGUAUGGCAGCCGGCCAGUGAUGAUGCUUGGUGGCUUCCUAUCAGGAUGUGGUUUGAUUGCUGCUUCAUUUUGUAACACUGUGCAAGAAUUGUACCUUUGUGUUGGCGUCAUUGGCGGACUUGGACUCUCCUUCAACUUAAAUCCAGCUUUAACCAUGAUCGGCAAAUAUUUCUUCAAAAAGCGGCCAUUGGCAAAUGGGUUGGCCAUGGCAGGGAGUCCUGUGUUUCUCUCUACCCUGGCACCUGUAAAUCAGAUUUUCUUUGGUGUCUUUGGUUGGAGGGGCAGCUUCUUAAUUCUUGGUGGUUUGCUACUUAAUUGCUGUGUGGCUGGAUCUCUUAUGCGACCCAUAGGACCCAAACCAGGAGCAUCAAAAGAAAUAUCUAAAGAAUCCCUGCAGGAAAUAGGGAAGUUGGAUUCAAAGAAAGGUGCUGGUGAUGCAAAUACAGAUCUUAUUGCUGGAAACAGUAAGCAGGAGAAACGUUCUUUCUUCCAAACAAUUAAUAAGUUCCUAGAUUUUUCUCUUUUUAAGCAUAGAGGCUUUUUACUGUACCUCUCGGGCAAUGUGAUCAUGUUUUUUGGAUUGUUUGCUCCCUUAGUUUUUCUUAGUAAUUAUGCCAAGAGUCAGAAUAUAUCUAAAGAGUCUGCUGCUUUUCUGCUCUCCAUUUUAGCUUUUGUUGACAUGGUAGCCAGACCCUCUAUGGGACUUGUAGCCAACACAAAGUGGGUGAGACCUCGAAUGCAAUAUUAUUUUGCUCUCUCAAUAAUUUGUAAUGGUAUUUGCCACCUAUUGGCACCCUUAAACACCACUUAUGUGGGAUUUUGUGUCUAUGCGGCGUUCUUUGGAUUUGCAUUUGGCUGGCUCAGCUCAGUAUUGUUUGAAACACUAAUGGACCUUGUUGGAACCCAGAGAUUCUCCAGUGCCGUGGGUUUGUUGACAAUUAUGGAGUGCUGUCCUGUCCUCCUGGGGCCACCGAUUUUAGGUCGUCUCAAUGAUAUGUAUGGAAACUACAAAUACACCUACUGGGCCUGUGGCAUCAUUCUGAUCAUCUCGGGCAUCUACCUCUUUAUUGGCAUGGGUAUCAAUUACCGCCUUUUGGCAAAAGAGCAGAAAGCAGAAGAGGAACUGAAAAAGGAAAGCAAAGAGGAGGAGACCAACAUAGAUAAUAUCGAGAAGCAGAAAGAAGCUAAUAAGGCCGUGGGGUCAGCCCAGCAGGGCCCCCUAGAAGGCGCCAAAGAGGAGGAAAAUCGUAUUUAAAGGACUGCAGCACUGCCGAGGUGGGGUGAUAGAGAAGAGAGCUGAAAAUGGUCUCCUGGCUGACUGGUACCAGUGGUGCUUAAUCCAGAAAAGGAUAUUUCUUUGCAAAAUUGUACCAGGUGUUCAUGAAAAUUUUCAGUUUUGAGGGCUUUCCUUUUAUAUUUAAUAUCAUUACAAAUUAAAUCUGCCAUAUUUUGGAGGAGAGCAAGGAUGAGGGAAGGAACUAGUUUUUAUAUAGUGGAUUUUAAUAGUGACUUGAAGAUACUUAUGUGCCUUAAAUGUUUGUUUGUAGACCUCCUCAUAAAGCCUUAACUUUUGUAAAAGUUUAAUUUUAUUUUGACUUUAAAAUUAUCUCAAUUCUUUAAAAAUCAGGCAGCAAACAUACUUGGAAGAAAAAUACACAGAACCCUAUGAGAUGAUUAAGGCAGCAAUCUUGAGUGUUGAUCCUAGUCUGAAACUUUUCCUUGGUACUUUGUCAUGUCAUACAGUUUUCCUCAGGCACAUUAUCCCAGGGAUUUGUGUUGGAAGGACAGCUUUGAAGUUCUUUAACUGUUAAAAUUUUUCCUUGUAUAAUUUUUUGCUUCCCAUCCACAUUUCCUAACUGUAUCUCUGUCAUUCAGAAUAUAGUUGUAAAAACAUUUCUCAUUAUUUUUUGUUAUUAUUAUUUUCUUCUGGUAGAAGUUAAAUGUCCACAGGAAUUUUUUUUAAAACACUAUUAUUAAAAUUCAUCCUUUUGUUUUUUUAGAAGUGUAAAGUGGGUAAUUUUAGCUCUUUUCUGUACUUUAAUCCCACUUUUGAAAUCACUUGGUAUUACUUCCCUUAUUUUUUUUAAUAUUAUAAAGUAGAGUGGUUUUAUUUUUUAAACAAGUCUCUGUCUUUGGAUUGCCUUAGUAAACAUCCUGAAUUCUGUUAAAUGUAGAGCGGCAUUUGAAGAAAUGACUGAAUUAAGCUCAGGUUUCUCAUCUCCUCUUCCCCUCUGCCCAUACACACUCUUACCCACCCUCCAAAAAACCCACCAGUUAAACUUAGUGUGACUAUGGGAAGCAUUUUUUCUGGCAACCCGACUUUUCCUUUCUUCACCCUGGUUGCCUUUUACUCUGCUCUGAGCUUGAAAUGUGUGUAAGGUUUUAUUUUGUUUGAAAGUUUUUCCAUGUUUGGAAAUUAAACCAGGCCAGAGGAAUUUGUCCAUGCAGACUCUUCAGGAGAUGGGAAAGAAUUUGUGGCUGUUAAUACUCAGUGAAGACUUUCAGUCUUCCUCAUUAGACCUUAAAGUGAAUUAAGAUAAUCAGUCAGAAACAAUUCAAUUUCUUCUCUUCCCAAUAGAAAUCUGAAGAGUUUGUGAGCCUAUUUAUUAUUCACUUCAAGUUAGAAAAUUGUUGUCUGAGGAGAUAAGGGAUGAGGGAAAAAGUUUGCCCUAAUAUUUCUUAUGCCCUACUCUUAUGAUAAAAAGCCAUUCAGUGAAUAGAAUUAACUUGGAAUAAGUGACAUAGUGAAAGUGUCGAUUCAAAACUUUGUUUAAAAAAAAGCUAACUUUUCCAAAUAAAUAUUUUUUUAAAAAAAUAAUUCACCUAACUCUGAUUUGUGUAUAGGAACCUGAGUUUUCUUUUUUAAUAGCCAAGUUCCAGUGUCACUAAUAUUAAACCAAAUCAUGCCUGCUUUGAUGUGCCUUGGAAGUUUGUUUAUGUGGUUGGUGUCCUUCAUUUUCUUCAUUCUUUGGUCUCCUUACUUUAAGGCAAGCAGACAAAAGGUUGGGUUUUUGUUUUGUUUUUUCUUAACUUCCCCUCUUACUUCAACAGCUUUCAGAUCACUUAGCUUUCAAGGAAGGAUGCAGAACUCUUCCAGUAAAAUGUAUUUGUAUGGUCCAUCUUCCCAAACCCAGAACAUGUGUUUAGAAACACAAUUUAAUUGAUCAAAAAGUGUAUGAUAUAAUUUUUGUUAGAAUUCACAAAAAAAGAUCAAGAGAUUGGAGGGAGAGGAAGCUGUAUGCAAAGAGGUACUUAAUAUAUUCUGCAAGCCGAGAUAAGAGAUGUAUGACUAGAUAAUAACAGUGACAGUGGCAAUGUAUGUUCAUAGCAUUUCAUAACAAAAGGGGCUGUGGAGAUCAGCCAAUCAUACAGGGCCCCCGAAGUUAGGGGGUUUGCCCUAUGGCUGGCAGCCAGCAUGGGAGCUCUCAAUCCAGUCUUUCUAUUGUGCCUCCACUCAUGUCGUCUUUGCAUUUCACAGACUAUUGCUUGCUGCUUUCAGAGAACAAGAUGUGUAAGCACAGUCUCUACUAUGUCUGUUUCAUCCUUUUUUUUUUUUUUUUCAUUCCCACAUUUCUUCAUAAACCAUAUUUUAAAAAGCAGAUUUGUAGUUGCAGUGCUAAUCUAAAGAGAAAUCCCAGGAGCCUUUCUUUGGCUCUCAUCUCCAUGCCUAGGGUGGGGAUCGAGUUACCAAUCAUGCCUGUUAAAUGCCAGUAAAAUUUGUAAACUUUAAAAAAAAAAAAAAAAAAGAACAAAGUAAAGUUGAAAUUAGUCGAGGAUAGAAUCAUUCAUCUAAGGAAAAAUUCUUAAAGGAUUUUGGGAAAAUCUGUCAUUUUAUUUCACUGAAUGAAUAACUGUUUAUUUCAAUUUUCUUUAUUCUAGCUUAAAACAACAACCAAAAAAAAGUUUCAAGCUUUGUUGACAAAUUAUUCUGAAUUCUACAGAAAUUUGGAAUUUUCUAAUAAAUUCAGCAUGAGAAAUUACCAAUACAAAUUACUAGGUUGUACAAGAAAAUUCUUUAGGAAAAGAUAAAAAAAAAUUAUGAAAAAUCCAGAGAUAUUCUCAUUGAGUGACCAUUCCUGAAAUGUGUAAGCUUGACCAGUAUUAAAUGGUGUAAUGUGAAUAAUUCUCUGUUUAGUCUUGAUGGCUGACUGGGUUACUAGUUAUAUGUGUACUGUAUUUAUAUAAAUAUGUGUAUUUUUAUCAUUGUUGUCUUCCUAAAUUUUACAAAAGGAAAAGGACAUUGUGGGUUAGGGUAUUUGCUUUUUAAAGCCAUUUAAUGUUUUGUAUGAAACAGUGUUUUAUUGUAUUGAAUUUUGAACUUGUAAACUAGGUAUUGAUUUUAUGUUUUAGUUAAAAGUAUGUAGGUUUUUUUUCUCCCUUAGUAAAUAGUUCACACAAUACAAUAAACUUAGCAAUAAUUAGUA